AUGGGUGACAACGUAUUGGUAGACGAGACGUUAGACGAUGUAAAAAUGUUUUUAAGAGAUUGUCCAGAAUACAGAGAAGCUGCGCUACUUGAUGCGGACCACGACUGGGUUAUUCUGUUACAAUACAACUUGCUGCUACAAAUGAUGGGUCUCAGGAAACUUUUCUCUGCCUUUGGUUACCCGUUCACGUUAGUCUCUGACAAUGGCCCUAACUUCACAUCAUCUAUUUUCAACCAAUUUCUACAAGCUUGUGGCGUCACACACAAAUUCUCUGCCCCCUAUCACCCUGCAACCAACGGACAAGCAGAGCGAUUUGUUCAGACUGUAAAGAAACAGUUAAUAGCAAUGGAGAAUGAUGGAGGAGAUUUGCACUUCAAAAUAAAUCACAUCCUAAUGUCACUAAGGAAUGCCACAAAUGCUACAGGGUCCUCGGCAUAUGAACUUAUGUUUGGGAGACGAAUAAGGACAAGGCUGGAUCUUAUGAAGAAACCCCAAGAUCACACAGAAAUGCCCAACGGAUGUACAACAAUGAAAAGAGAGUUUCGGGUGGGGGACAGGGUUCAGGUGCGCAAUUUCGGAAAAGACGGAAAUUUGGAAACAUAA